AAUCGUGGGCUACAAGAAAGAGAGAGCGCGGUGUUGGAAACGCGCUUUAUACGUCGGUCCCCCCUUCGCGAGGUUCGUUUCCCCGCUCCUCUCCGCUUCCACGCCGACUUCAAAUUAAACCUAAAAAUUCACAAAAAGUCCCCCUUCCGUUUCCCCGGCCGCAUCUUCGCCUCGCCGCGUCGUCUUCCACCCGCCGAUCGCCGCAUCGCAACCAGAAUCGAUCACUUUUGGAUCCGCCGAUCGCCGUCGCUGCAAACUACGUCAGCUUCGCCGGCCUAGGAUUCCCGUCUGCUCGCCUUCCAAGAUCUAGGGUUUCUUAUGCCCGUCCGCUGGAAGCGCGCAACUGAUAGCAUCGCUAGGUUUCGAUGUCGAACGAGGACAAAGCCGCCGCCGCCGCCGCAGUCGAGAUCCGUGACGUUUGGGCCGACAACCUGGACGCCGAGAUCGCUAUGAUCCGCGAGAUCGUCGACGACUUCCCCUUCGUUGCCAUGGACACGGAGUUCCCUGGCAUCGCCAUCCGCCCCCUUGGCGUCUUCAAGUGCUUCGCUGACAGUAACUACCAUGUCCUCCGGGCCAACGUCGACCUCCUGCACCUGAUCCAGCUCGGCCUUACCUUUACCAAUGGUGCGGGGUUACUCCCUACCUCCUCCUGGGGGCGCCCCAUCGUCUGGCAGUUUAACUUCAGGGAAUUUGAUGUGGAGAACGAUAUCAGCAACCCUGAAUCCAUCGAGCUCUUGACCAAGUCGGGCAUUGAUUUCAUCAAGAACCGGGAGUUUGGGGUCGACGCCAAGCGCUUCGCUGAGCUCCUCAUGUCGUCUGGCGUUGUCCUCAAUCAUUCUGUUAGCUGGGUGACUUUUCAUUGUCCUUAUGACUUUGGUUACCUCCUAAAGAUCCUAACCUGCAGAAUGCUGCCUGAGACUCGAGAGGAGUUCCAUCAACUCGUCAAGAUUUUCUUCCCUGUCCUAUAUGACAUCAAGCAUCUUAUGAGGUUUUCAAACUACCUCCAUGGGGGGCUUAACAAGCUUGCUGAACAAUUGGCAGUCGAAAGGAUAGGUAUCUCUCAUCAAGCUGGUUCAGAUAGUUUGCUUACUGCUCGGGUAUUCCAAAAACUUAGAGAGACAUACUUCAAUGGGGCAAUUGAGGGAUACUCGGGGGUCAUGUAUGGGCUUGAUACUGAUUGAAGGUUGAAUGGUCUGUGAUGCUAGUUAUCAGACUUCAUUGAAUUUGAAACAGGGAAAAUAAAAAAAAAAUGAUUUGAGUAUAAACUUAUGUGCCUGUGUUGCUCCUCCAUGCUAGUUCUUUCUUGUGUGUUGUUCAUACUGACGUUUCUUUAAAUUUCGUAGAUUAUAUUCCUAACCCUAUUGCCUUACAAUCUCCUGGACACCUCUUAUCCUUAUCAUUCAAGAACCCAGCUUGCUGCAUUGAUACUGUUCUUUGCAAAUUUUCUUUGUUAGUGUUUUCAUCUGCAGAUGUUGAUGUGCAUCCUGUGUGGAUCAUUUGACUACCGCACCUCUGAUAAAAUCCUAAGUUGCUGUGCUAGGUUUUGGAGGAUUCUACUUGCAGAAAUCACAAUCAGAUAAUUUGGGCUUUUACCGAAAUUGAACAGGAUAUCUUUAUUGGUUUUCUGCUGGCAAAAUCUUCCAUAUUAACAUGGCACACUUGAGUAAGUCCUUUUUUCUAGAUUUCUUUGUAUUUGUUUAGUUUAAAAUUGUUUAAGACAUACUUUUAGUGGAUCUUAAGUAUUCUGUGAGGUAUCAGUGCACUGAUGAGGUCACAAUUUAAGUUAAAUGGUUAGCUUGAGUUUCUUGUUUAUCCCAAGUAAAACAAUGGAUUUAGCAUUGAUCGAAGGGCAUCAAUGGAUUUAACAUCCACAGACAAAAUUUUACAAGACUGAAGUUAUAUAUCCCCUACUCCACUUCUGGUUUCAUCAUAUUAUCAAAUUCUGGAUUUCAAUUGAUUUCUUUUUUUUUUUGUGUUAAUUAUUCGCAUAUGCCUCGGCUCUAUCCUUGGCAUUCUAUGUCAUCACUUCUUUAUAGGAAACAAUGAUGCAUGGAGCUUUGACAUACAUGGGUUUUCCAGUUUAGUAUAAAAUUUCUUUGGUUCUUUGGUCAGGCUGGCCAAUAAACUCUCCUUGAGUUUUCCUAUGAACUUGUGGUGGCUCAUAAUUGAAAUAGUAAUUAAAAAUUCUUGGACACAAGUAUUUGCUUUUUCUGUUCUUUAGAUAUUCUUUUCAGAAUUCUGAUAAGGGUUUAGGGUUUUAGUUGUUGUUCUUUUAAAACUUAUUGAGAUUCAUAGCCAUAAUUUUAAGCAUUGAUGGAAGAUUUUUUAACUCUACAUGUCUGGCAGUUAAAUUUUUGUUGAACGGAACCACAGUCCAGAAGUGUCUAUUUCACACAACGAAUGCAUACCCUACUUGAUUUCAUCACUGACCCAUCCACUUUGAUCUUGUCUGGCUCAUUCGGUCCAACUUGCCUAACCUUGCACAGCUUGAUCCAUCUGGCUUGAUGAUUCGACCACUAACAAACUCAAAAGGGAUUCCAUUUAUCUUGCGAUAUUGAUCUCAGAACCAUAUCUUGAUUUGUGAUCCCAUUUAAAAAGAAAGAUAACAUAUCGAAAAUCAACUUUACCCCUCUUAAGAAAUUAUCUCUUCUGUUUGUAUUUUUCCACCAAUCAAACACAGGCUAACUCAUGCCACUAUUUUUUUUUUCAAAAUUAAAAAUUAGCAUUCAUGUUCUUAGUGGUGGAGCACCUUAUUUGAUAGGUAAAUUGGAAUAGAACGAAUAAUGGAACACAGUCAUGAAUGGAAUUGAAUGAUAGGUGAAAUGGAAUUGUGCAACUGAAAAUAACAAGUCAAUAUAGAUAUAGCAAUCGAAAAUUUUUGAUAUACAAUAUUUGAAAAGAUGGAGAGCUCAAAUGGUAAAAAUGAUCUAUUAUAAUCAAUCAAAAUACCAAGCUUCAGAACAAUUAGAAAAAAAGUAUUACUUAUGUGCACCUCAGACAAUAGAGAAAUAAGUAUCAUCACCACGUUGUCAUCACUACUCCCAAAUUCUGGCUGCAACUGGUAAAUAAGUAUCAUGCACUUUCCAACAUACUAUGCUACUUAGGAAUUCUCCAACGGAACAAUGGAGACAAAAAGAAGGGACAUCAAUCAUCCAUUUUUUAUAUUGUAAAUUGAUUAUUCAAAUUUUUAUAUCAAUAAUUAUUCCAUAGUCUUAGUAAAUUAUUAUUAUUAUUAUUAUUAUUUUUUGCAUUUGUUUAUAAUUCUUAUCUCAACAUGGAGCUCAUCUAAUUUGAUUUAGGAUUAAUUUUAUUAUUACUCACCAAAAUAUAAUGUCACAAAAGGAAUAUGUUUCUUUGUGAUGUGGAAUUUAUUUACGUGAUGCAAUGUCUUAAUCUUCUUCAUUAUCUAGUUUUAUGCUCUAACUAGUGGAUCUAGGGUUAAACUAGCCAAUAAACUCUCCUUAUGUUUUCCUAUGAAUUUGUGGUGGCUCAUAAUUGCUCGUUUUUACACAUGAAAUAGUAAUUAAAAAUUCUUGGACACAAGUAUCUGCUUUUUUCUGUUCUUUAGAUAUUCUUUUCUGAAUUCUGAUAAGGGCAAAAUGUAUGUGCUCACUUUGGUUUUAGCUGUUGCCUCUUUUAUAGCUUAUUGCGAUUCACAGCCAUAAUUUUAAGCAUUGAAGUUUAAGGUAAAAGUAUCGAUUUAUUGUGUCAAUUCUGGGAAGAUUAUUCAACUCUGGGAAGUCCAGGUGUGUAUUUCUCACAACUAGUGUCUCCUUUUGUCAGUUCUGGGAAGACUAUUGUAUAUAUGUGAUUGUACUGUAUGGUCUAUGUAGAGCAUGGAAUGGCCAUGUAUCUAUUCUGUGUUAGUACAUGCUUUUGUAUUUGAUGUACAACAAUUGCGGUGAAUAACAUAAAUUGUUAUGUGCCUGCCUA